CGCAGCGCCAGUCUCGCGUGAUGAGAUGUGUGACUUCGGGAUUUUCUGUGAAACAGGAGAGUGGAAGGCUGCAGUUAAUCAUUUUGAGGGAGCUGUGGGUUACGUUCCUGGACUGUGGCCGUGUUAGGAAAAGUGGGACUAUUGGGCGGCAUAGAAGCUGUACAGGGGAAAAAACAUGCAGGCGUUCUAGCAACUUCCCCCUUCCUAAAGUUUGCAGAUCAGUGACAACAGGGGGCCCGUAAAUGUAGCAUAGCCGGCACCCCAUAACACCCAAAGCACGGGACGACUGGCCCUCCUGUCCUUCCCAAUGGCGGCCCUUCCCGAUGGUAUAAUACAUUUUCCAUAAGACUUUCUGAAUUGCUUAUCUCCAAAGCUUCUACAAUAAAGAUAUCACAGAGCAUAAUAUGAAUGUGUUGGAGGAAGAUAAAGCCAUAGUGGGGGACCUCGGAGUUCAUGAAAGUGAGUAUUUGUCCAAGAACAAGCAGAGUGAGGAUAGUGAAGUUUUGGAAAAAGCACUGAAGGAAGCCAAACGAUUGGGUUGUCGUGAAGGUCCUGUUCAACAAGAUCCAACACAGCUUGAAGGAAUUCUUUUGGAUAUGUUUAUGGCUAUCAGCAACAGUAAUGUGCAGAUCAGAAGCCAGCAGAAGGGGGAGCCAGAAUUUAGCCAAGAGCAAAAGUUGACGAUGCUUCUUGAACUUUAUGAAUCCAAACCUCUAAUCUUCCUGGAGCGUUUUCGUAAGGUCCUUAAAGAGGAACACCUAGAGUGCUUCAACCACCUUUCUGGGGAUUACACAGCAGAUUACUAUUGCAAAGAGAUUUGCAAAGCAUCCCUCAAAAGGGUUGAUCACACUCGGGUCCGAAACAAGAGGUAUGCAGCACUCCAGAAGCUAAUCACGGCGGGUGAAUAUUUCAGUGAUGAGCAGAUGCGGGAACGGGACCCUCUUAUGUAUGAGCAUUAUGUGGGGCAAUACCAGAGUGAGGAGGAGAUAAUGUCCCAGAACAGCAAGGACAUGUCUGAAGCCACCAGCCUCUCCACUGUUCUUCUUAAUUCAUGCCAGGAACAGGCCCUUCAGUGUAGGCUGAAGGCUCAGAGAGAGCUGGAAGAGAGCUGCAUGGAGGAAGAAGAGGAUGAAGAUGAGGAAGAGAGUGAAAUAGAGUCUGAUGAAGAGUGCUCAGUGAACAGUGAAGAAAGAGCACUGAUGAGGGAAGAAUUCAUCAGUCGCAUGCACCAGAGAUUUCUAGAUGGAAAGGAUCGAGAUUUUGACUACAGCCAAGUUGAUGAUGACCCAGAUUUAGAUAACUUAGAUAUUGUAACCCAAGAUGAAGAGGAGCGUUACUUUGAUGAUGAGGAUCCAGAGGAGGCAAAAGCUGAGGACAGCCAAACAGAGGAUGACCAACAGACUAUGGAUAUAAAAGAGUGACUAUAUAGUCUAGUUUGGUACCUUCCAAACAAGCCACUUUGCCAUACAGAUGUUGCAAGUGUCUUCAUUGGACAUGUUUGAAAUUAAUAACUUAUAGUAAUGGCUUUAUCCGGAUAAAGUGAUAUCCAAGUAAAGAUAAUGGCAUAUCACAGUAACCUGCGAAAGUCUUAUAUUGCACAAAGGAUCAAGAUAAUGUGUUGCUCUGCUGGAAAUUGCCAUGAGAGGGCAGCAUGGCCCUAAAUAAAUUGUUUAUGAUACUGGUCUGAAUUGCACACACUGGCAUUUUUGACUCUGAGGAUGGGUAUAUUGACCAGCUUUUCUUUUGAUAAACAGUUGUGGGGGCUUGUUGCAGGUUUUUCUUUGAGAUAUGCAACAAAAUUUAAUUCUUACUCUUUGCAAUUUUUGUCAGGUUUUGUCGUUUCUGUCCUUUGUCUUUUUUAUUUUACCUCAGUUUUUACUUUUGUACUUCUGUUUUGACUUUUCCAAUUGUCUUUAAAGUUCUCUGUCGCUUUUGACACAUUUGCCUACGUUUUUCUCUCAAACGUGUCUUAUGUUUCCUUCAUUUUUCUCAGGAUUUUAAAGAAAAAGACUCAUAAUACAUUAAGUCCUCUGACCCAUACAGAGAUAUUAUCCCCUCCACAAACCAUCCUUCCUCUUAUCACUGCAUAGGUCUUUACUGAGUUUGUAUAUACAGUUCAUCCAGGUUUCAAUUAUUUUAUUAGUGUCUGCAUUUUAUGAAGAUUUGUAUCUCCGAAUAGCUGUUUACAAAUGUAGUAAGGAACAUUUCAACAACAAGGUUACAAUAAAGGUUAAAUAAGUUUUUCUUAUUUGCUCCUUAAUGUUAGCCACAUUCCAUUAUUAUGUCCAGAGUGGUACAAAACAUGUGUGAUGUGGCAUUAUUAAUAUGUCAUUGGCAAUAAUUAGUGCAUUAGUUUUCACAAAGAUGCAGCUGCAUCUUUUAAAAUUUUGCAUGUGGUAGAAAAAAAUGAAAAUAAACAUAAGUUGAGGCCCAAACUAUCUUAAAAUUAACCUUUAAUAUGAACACCUUUAAGAUAUUUUUCUAGCACUUGCCAUUCUAGGUCUUUGAAUGAAAAUAAAGAGAACAACAUUUCAGUGUUGGAUUUGUUAUUCAGUAACAUAAGAGAACUGGUAAAGUGUCUGAAUUCUUUUGCAAGGCACUAUAGGCCAGAUUAAGUUUGAUGAGAAAAGUUUAUCUCUUAAUUCAAUUCCAAAUUUUCCCAUAAAGCCAGUUGUAAUUCAAUGAGAAAAACGUAUCUUACUGUUUAUCACAUAAAACUGAAUUAAGAGAAAAGUUUUCUCUACUCAAGUUGAGUCUCGCCCAUAAGUUAUCUCAUGACAAAAGACAAAAUAACUGUUUGGCCCUAUAUAUGGCUCAGUGACUAAAUGUAACCUUGCAAUUCAUUGUUUUUCUUAAAUAUUACUUUGCUGCUUACAUAUUCCCUGGUAUAUAUUAUAUUAUAUAUUAUAAUAUCAUUCUUUAUAUACUUCCUGCUGUUUCCAAGUUUUGUGAUUCCCACACAGUCAGUGGAAACAUACUUCUCACAUCCGUGCAGCCUAAGGAUUUCUCUACACAUAAAGACUGUAGAAGAUGGGAAAGCAAGCACAAGCAUAUUAUUAUAAUAAUAAUAUUCCUUACUCUCCAGACUGUAAAAAAAAAAAAAUGUAGAUUAAGAACCUCUGCUCAUGCCUACAUAGGAAGCUAGAAUCUAAAACCGAUAAGAUUAAACACAAUUUUUAGGUGUAAAUAUAUUUUAUUUUAUACAAUAUUAAUGUCAUCCUGAGCAUGUCCUAACACACAUGGGGUAAAUAUAAGCCUGAAAAACACUUGUGUGGUUUCAGGCCAAAAUCUGCCCCAUGUUAAAGGAACAGACCAUUGCUAUUAAAGGGAGCAAAGACUGUAUCGGCAAUUUUGGUGUUUCUCCACCACCUGGCAGGGAAAAAGUUUUAUUUCUUAAUGCCUCCAAUUGCAUCUGUGUCAUGUUAUGGUAUUUAAAAGCUCACAAGGUCCUAAAAGUAUCACUACAGUCUGAUAUGCUUCUUAUUCCAAGUAGUAAAACGUAUUAGAUACAGUAUUGUUUAAUAUUUGUGGAAUAUAUAAACAAGAACAAGUGAAAUACUUUAAUAACCAUCGCUAGGUAUAGUGCUGAUACAAACAAUACCAGCAUAAUGGAGCAUCUGCCAACAGGAAAAAUCCUAUGUGUGUAUGGUACAUGUGUACGAUGUUAAAAUGCAUUAUGUAGAGUAGUCAGGAUUACAAUGAAUAUAACACACAGAACCUCAAUAGGGAACAGGGCACCUGUCCACAUGACAAAAAUGUUACCUGUGUUUCACUGUAUGGAGAACCAGCACACCUGUACCUUAUUUGACCACUGGCUUAAUAUAAAGGGUCAGCAACCUCCCAGUGAUCUAUAAAAAAUGAUAUACUGGUACAACAGAGCAUCUGCAAGUGGGGAGAACCCGUGCAUGUUUAUAACAUGGAAAUGCAACAUUUUGGGGGCACAUACCAAAAAACAAAAUAAGGGGUGUGCCUUUGUAAGGUUGUAUUUUUAUGUUAUAAACAUGCAGGUUCCCCUUUACAUUGAGCAUCAAGCAAGCGUUCACAAGAGGCAUGGAUUUGCUUAUGAUUGUGACAUGGCUUCCCUAUUGGGGAACAGUAUGAAGUUAUUGGAUUUAAAGGUAGGUAAGGAUAUAUGUACAGAAUUCUGCACAAAGCAAAAAGACAGAAACCAUCUGCAUGUAUAUAUUAGCUUGUAUUGGUUUCUGGGUUAAAUGAUUGGUAAGUGACCCCGAAAGAUGUGAAGUUAGAAAAGAUGUACCAGAAGUUUGUUACAUGUGGUUAUUUUAGGUUUUAAAAAGAAAAAAACCAUGUGUUAAGGAAGUUCGGAGAACUUGUUUUUUACACAAGGGUUACUUAGCUUCUGAGCCGAGAUUUUUGGUGCUGUAACAUGACCCCUCCUGCACAAUGUGUAGCUGAUCACAAACUCAUAUUCCAGAAAAGAGAGAGGUGUGCUAGUUGGGGUCGCUAGCCCUAUAUGACUUAACAAAGACUAUGCCCUGUGAAUGAAAUUGUAGAGUAGAUUUCCUCCUAUCUCCUUUCUUUUUUUUUUGUCUCUUUUUGUUUUGAAAGGUUUGUAGGCAACCGGAUGUUUACAGUAAUCUGAGUUUCCCAGCACGUAAUGAUGAUGCCAUAAUGCUUGUCAUUUCCUGUAUUUCCUUAUUAAAAGCUUUGCUCAUG